GCCCGGGGGAGAAGGGCCGGCGUGGAGGGCGAGGCGGAGGCGGCGAAGGCGGGCCCCGCUGCUCUCCCGCGCCCCGCCAUGCCCGUCCGCAAACAAGACACGCAGCGAGCCCUGCGCCUUCUGGAGGACUACCGCGCCAAGCUGAGCCGGGCGGACGAGAGGCAGCUGCGGAGCUCCGUGGAGAGAGUCAUCGGCAUCUUCCAGAGCAGCCUCUUCCAGGCUCUCAUAGAUAUUCAAGAAUUUUAUGAAGUGACUUUACUUGACAAUCCCAAAAGUGUUGAUCGCUCAAAGCAGAUUGAAUUUGUGCAGCCUGUGAAUACAUGGGACUUCUCCAGCCUUCCAAGCACAACAGUGACUUCUGAAACACUGCCAAGCAGCCUUAGCCCAGCCACAGAGAAAUACCGUUCUCAAGAUGACGACGACACUCCUUCGCCAGAGCACAGCUCCCCCCGGGAAGCUCCCAGUGAGGCAACAGCUCCAGAGCUUGUGCAAGUUUCUGAGAAGAGCCUCUCUCAAGUUGAGAACGUCCAUGGAUUCGUGUCCCACUCUCACAUUUCGCCAGUCAAGAUACCAGAAGCUGUUCCUCUUUCUCUUCCCGUUGUCUCUGUCCUGCCAGUCCCUGCUGAGACCACACUCAUCCCAUCUUCCAUCUCACAGGCCAAUCCUCCUCCAGUGGUGGUGAACACCGAAACUUCAGAGACCCCAACCUACGUCAAUGGCACAGAUGCAGAUUUUGAAUAUGAAGAAAUUACACUGGAAAGGGGCAAUUCAGGACUUGGCUUCAGCAUUGCAGGAGGUACGGACAACCCCCACAUUGGGGACGACUCGAGUAUCUUCAUUACAAAGAUCAUCCCGGGAGGAGCUGCUGCGCAAGAUGGAAGAUUGCGGGUGAACGACUGCAUUUUGCGCGUCAACGAGGUGGACGUCCGUGAUGUGACGCAUAGCAAAGCCGUAGAAGCCUUGAAGGAGGCAGGCUCCGUAGUCCGGCUGCAUGUCAAGAGAAGAAAGCAAGUAACGGAAAAAAUCAUCGAGAUCAAGCUUGUGAAAGGCCCCAAAGCAGGUCUUGGGUUUAGCAUCGCUGGGGGUGUUGGAAACCAGCACAUUCCUGGAGACAACAGCAUCUACGUCACCAAGAUUAUUGAGGGAGGUGCAGCACACAAGGAUGGCAAGCUCCAGAUUGGAGACAAACUGAUGGCUGUCAACAGCGUUUGCUUAGAGGAAGUGACACAUGAAGAAGCAGUGACUGCCUUAAAAAACACCUCUGACUUUGUUUACCUGAAAGUGGCAAAACCCACCAGCAUGUUCAUGAACGACAGCUACGCCCCACCAGACAUCACCAACGCUUAUUCUCAGCCUGCCGACAACCACAUCAGCCCAUCAACCUACUUGGGGCAGACCCUUCCGCCAGCGUCACCAGGGAGAUACUCCCCUAUCCCCAAAGGGAUGCUCGGAGACGAUGAGAUCACGAGGGAACCACGGAAGUUGGUGCUCCAUCGAGGAUCCACAGGGCUUGGCUUCAACAUAGUGGGAGGAGAAGACGGCGAAGGCAUCUUUGUCUCCUUCAUCCUUGCAGGGGGGCCUGCAGACCUAAGUGGCGAGCUCAGGAAAGGAGACCGUAUAAUUUCAGUAAAUGGUGUAGACCUCAAAGCUGCAACUCACGAAGAAGCAGCUGCUGCCUUGAAAAACGCUGGCCAAGCUGUCACCAUUGUGGCUCAAUACCGUCCAGAAGAAUACAGCCGUUUUGAAGCUAAAAUACACGACUUGCGAGAGCAGAUGAUGAGCAGCAGCAUCAGUUCAGGGUCGGGGUCUCUGCGGACGAGCCAGAAACGGUCUCUCUAUGUCAGAGCCCUCUUUGACUACGACAAGACAAAAGACAGCGGCCUCCCAAGCCAGGGACUGAAUUUCCGAUUUGGCGACAUUCUCCAUGUCAUCAACGCUUCUGAUGAUGAGUGGUGGCAGGCCCGGCCGGUGAUGCCAGAUGGCGAGAGGGACGAGGUUGGCGUCAUCCCCAGCAAGCGCAGGGUUGAGAAGAAGGAACGAGCUCGUUUAAAGACAGUGAAAUUCAACUCUAAAGCAAGAGGUGACAAAGGGCAGUCAUUCAAUGACAAGCGUAAAAAGAACCUCUUUUCCCGAAAAUUUCCCUUCUACAAGAACAAGGACCAGAGUGAGCAAGAAACCAGUGAUGUGGACCAGCACGUGACAUCCAACGCCAGCGACAGCGAAAGCAGCUACCGUGGCCAAGAGGAAUACGUCCUGUCUUACGAGCCUGUUACUCAGCAGGAAGUCAACUACACGCGGCCUGUGAUUGUUCUGGGACCGAUGAAAGACCGGAUCAAUGACGAUCUCAUCUCCGAAUUCCCUGAUGAGUUCGGAUCCUGCGUUCCACAUACGACCCGGCCAAAGCGAGACUACGAGGUGGAUGGUCGGGAUUACCACUUUGUUACGUCCAGAGAACAAAUGGAGAAAGAUAUCCAAGAUCACAGGUUCAUUGAAGCCGGCCAGUACAACAACCACCUGUAUGGAACGAGUGUCCAGUCCGUGCGGGAGGUAGCAGAGAAGGGGAAGCACUGCAUUCUCGAUGUCUCCGGAAACGCAAUCAAGAGGCUCCAAAUCGCCCAGUUGCAUCCAAUCUCUAUUUUCAUCAAACCCAAAUCAGUGGAGAACAUCAUGGAAAUGAAUAAGCGGCUGACGGAUGAGCAAGCUCGGAAGACCUUUGAGAGAGCCAUGAAGCUGGAGCAAGAAUUCACCGAACAUUUCACAGCUAUUGUGCAAGGAGACACAUUGGAAGAAAUCUACAACCAAGUCAAACAAGUCAUUGAGGAGCACUCCAGCCCCUACAUCUGGGUCCCUGCCAAGGAGAAGCUCUGAACGCCGCCCAGGGGAGGCACAGUGGCCCCCGUGCUUCCCACCUGGGGGCAGCCCCUGUCCUGCAUGGGCCCCGUGGCUCCCGUAGCAUUUUCCCAGUGCCCCACUUUUGUUCUGACGGUGUGGAUUCUCACAAGCUGCUGGUGGGUGGCCAUUUUCUCAAGGGUCAAGGGGCAGUGGCUCGAUCCGCUCGUGUGGAUAUGAAACGGAGAAUUUUGUGGUAAAACUCCUUAAUGUUUAAGGGAAAGUAUCCUUCAGAGAUUUUGAGAAAACAAAUCUUUAUAUACAUCCUUUUAAAUAUUUCCUAACAAAAGAAAAGUGGUCUUAAUGAUGUAAAUGGUGAGCAGUUUUGCACGUGUGACUUGACCUGCAUGAUUUGAUUCACGGGGUUGGCUGCAGGCCAUAGUUCUGUAGUUUUCUGUUGUUGGCAACACAUUUAUUUUACAGGCAGUUUAAUCGGAGAUUUUUGUUCAAAUGUCCACGAUAAUGUAAAUGGAGUUGCCAUUAUUUCACAAGGGAAAACCCAUUUUCAUAAUUUCAUAAGAAUAUUCUUUAUAGUCUAUUUUUUCAUUUUUUUCUGAUGCCAUUGUUGGGGACAAGAAUAUCUCCUGUUUUUAAACUAGCACAUACAAGACUAUUUGGAGUGUCUUACUGAUAUCAUCGAUGGGUAACGGUCAUUGCAUUUUUGAAUCCAAAUACAGUUUAGGUGCUUUAAAAGCUUGUACUUCAUAUAGGAAUGAUUAAUUUUGUUCUGCAAAUAUUCUGAAAGAUUAUCAUAAGAGACGAUUCAGAGUCUGAAAUAUAAAUAUGUUCUUAGAAGUCAGAUUUUAAUGAAUAUUUUACCCACAA